AUGACGCUUCCUUCGCGGCGCCAGCGCAGUACCCCUUUUCUCCAGAGGAAUAUCUUGCAAGGCAUGGGUAACACCCAGUCGUCGGCCCAGAAAGCCGCUGCUUCCGGAGAUGUUCCCAACGGCCACAACGACGGCCGCCCGGCCAAGCGCCGUUGCUUUGACGCCGAUCAUCAACUCGCAGAUCAGAUCUUCCAAGCUCGAGACGUCGGCGACCUGCAGCGCAAUCUACGCGUCCAAGUCAACAGGAUCUUUCACAAGGCCUCCAAGAGAGUCUCCGCCGCCCCUUCCGAUGAUGUCGUGAACCUCAAAGCACGAUGCAAGGUCUCCCUUUCUCAUGUUACCAACGCUGGCGAUGUCUUGUUGUACUGUAACAGUCAACUCUGCGACAUCAGAUCUUUCAAGGAUCCCGGCGGACCAUACCGCAUGGCGCGCAUCGGCCUGCCGCGCCCCUUCUACAUCCCUGAAGACAGCAUGCGCAUUAACCGCGAUGACGAUGGCUCUUUCGACCUUGCUGAUUCCUAUCGCCUCUGCGUUGAGCUGGAAGCCGCUGGCCCGACGUACUGGCCGCCCAUCACCAUCAGUCCUCCCGGCGACGAUUCCGCUUCUUCCCGGCAGACAGACACCAUACACUGGGUACUCACCGCCGCCUCGUCUGACUUGUUCUCAAGGCGGCGGGCGUUGCUGAACCUCAAGGUCAAGAAGACUCCGCAACUGCUCGCACCAACAGACCACGUCAUUGACGUCGACGCUUCGUGGGCCACUGCCUUCGAGGCAGGUCAGAUUCGGGCCGUGGAAACAGGCGUCGAGCCCUCCAUUACCGUGUCUGGGACCUUUGUGCCGCAAGAUCCCUUGGCCAACGAUAGCAUUAUUGAGCCGCCGUACGAGAGUCCUCCCGGAACCCCAGUCAAAGCUCUAAGGAACGGCUUUGUCAACGGAGACGCUCAUGGUGAUGAAGACGCCGAGGAAGAACUGACUCCCAACCGGUCACUUCGUGUACGCGGUACCACCAAGAACUACAAUCUGAAAGUCCUCAGUGAUAAGGCUCAAGGAAGGAACAAGAAACGCAAGAAACGCGGCACCGCAAACAAUGUCGAGGAAGGCAGUGUCACUUACUACCUGCCCAGCGAGAAGGUCUGCCUGGAUUCCUUCCGUUGCAUCACGUGUGGCAUGCCGCAUGGCUCUCUUCCCCAGCUCCACGCCCAUCUUAUAAGCAUACAUGAUGAGUAUGAGUAUCGCCCGCAGUCCCGUGCGAAGGCGGCAGAGUUUGAGGUCGCUCAUCGUUACGAAACGUAUUCAUUCGGCCCUGAGCCGUUUGCUCUGCGCCGACCCACCAAGGCAUUCGAUUUGGACCAGUUCGCCGAAGGGAACUUGACAUAUGUGACUUCACGCUUCGGGACUGAAGACAAGAGCACUCCAGGAGCUCAAUCGCAGGGCCGGGCUAGCAGACAACCAACAAGCAAGCCCGCACAGGUUUGUUCUAUCCCUGAAUACUCUCCAAGAUACACUGCUGACAUGGCGCAGACACGUUCCAAACUCCUUAUUCCGGAUAUCGGGCAGACACUGUAUGACCCGAUUACCAGGGCUGAGUUACAACCAGGCACUGAAUACAGAAAGCCAGCAGCCAGUGACGAAUGGCUCAUCCAGUGGCAUCGGGACGCCCUGGCAGACUUCUCAGAUGUCCCGCCCGAUGAGAGGGAGUACAUGCAGGAAUGGGACAAGUUUAUGCUCACGAAGCGCAUUUCGUCGGACAUUUACUUCCCUCCUGCCUGGCUGAGCUUCGUCAAGAUCAAGUCGGACUGGUUGCUGUCUUCAAAUUCUCGCAUGCUGGAGUUUGGGAAGCAUCUCACAUACCUUUUGGCUAGGGGCAGUCUCGAUCAUGAUACCGUCGAGGAGGCUCUCACGCACAUUUCCGCUUGCAGGGCGAAGCUUGGCAUGGAAAACGGCGAAAACCCAGCACCGGCACCCAAGGGGUCGCCGCAGGGGCCGCAUAUUCGGAAGAGCGCCGGUGGUUGCCAGAGCUGCGCCAAGCGUCUCUAUCACUCGGACUGCAUCAGCGAGAACGCAAAGAUGAACGUCGAGGAGCCGGACUGGGUCUGCGACGAGUGUCUCAACAUACCGACCGCAGAGCGGAACUAG